AUGCCAAUACCCACCAAGCCAAAACCUGUAUCCAUUCCCGUAUCCUCCGCCUGCAGUGGCAUGUCAUAUGAUUCUCCGGGUCAAACGCCCUGCCCGCCCUACGGUUACCGACUUGCUCCGUACUACCCACAAUACGCGUACGGUGGACAAGCGAUGCCUCAGCCUCCUCCAACUAUCUCCGAGUUUGGCUUGGGGAGCGCUCCUUCUACGUACGAUGACUACCCCAGGCGCUUCAAACGCAGGUACCAUUGCACGUUUACAAAGUCAAAUACUCCUCCUCCCGGCACUGUUUUUACACUACAUCCACUUUGA